GCUGGGCUGGCCUGUUCAGAGCUCAGUGGGUAUUCAGUUGAGAGUGUCUCAGGAGACAUCGAGCUCCAGUGACCCCAGGCAAGACUCCCAGGAUUCAGUGGAAUCUCUACGGACGGUGGCCAGUUCACACAGCACAGCAAGGAGACCAGGCAGCGGCAGGCAGUUAGAGAAGCUCCAGCCAGAGGAGUUAGACUAGAGAGCAGUUCAUUUGAAGUGCUGCAACCUUCCUUCUUUCCCUGCUUCUUUGCCUCCACCUGUAGCGGCUAGCCCCAACCACCCAGGCUAUUUCGCACGCUCUCGCUCUCUCUCUGGGACUGCAGACUGACUGAGGUUUUAUGCUAAAGGACUAAAGGAUUUUGAGUGGAAUCUUUUUGUAUUUUUUAGGAAUAACAGCAGCUACGGCUUUAUAUCACGAGUUAUAAAGACUAUCAUUUUCCUGGUGACUUUCUUUCACUGUGUAUUUUUCAGUUGGGCCUUGAAAUAGGUUUUCCACAAAGAUGACAACACUUUCUUCAAAUGAAUGGCUUAAGAGUGGCAGUACAUUCACCUCCCACUAUCUGGCUGUAUCUCCAUGAAAGGCAGCAUUCACCCAAAGCACAUUUGAGGAAAACAUGUUUUCUGUAUUUUUUGGGCUGAGGAAGCAGGGAAAUGAGGGACAAAUACAACCCUGCCUGGCUACUACACUGUUCCCCUUUUUGUGUGUGUCACUCUAUGAUUGCGUGAGCUGCUAUCCAUCGAGCGGAGAGGGAGUGUAGGUAGAGGAGCAGAGGAGAGGCGUGCCAACACCUGGACCAUGGCACUGAGCCACCGAUGGGCACAAUCUCCCCUCGCCAGGGGGGCCACACUUAUCCUACUACUUGGCAGUCUGGCCCUGCCAUCACCAUCGCACGCAGACAGCAUGCCCAAUUUCAUCAAAUCUCCAGACGACCAGACAGGUAUUUCGGGAGGAGUAGCGUCCUUCGUUUGCCAGGCGGUGGGUGAUCCCAAGCCACGCAUCACCUGGAUGAAGAAGGGCAAGAAAGUCAGUUCUCAGCGCUUUGAGGUGAUAGAGUUUGAUGACGGUUCAGGGUCCGUCCUGCGUAUCCAGCCCCUGCGGACCCACAGGGACGAGGCCAUCUAUGAGUGUACCGCCACCAACAGUGUGGGAGAGAUCAACACCAGUGCCAAACUCACCGUCCUGGAAGAGGACCAGAUCCCUCAUGGGUUCCCCACCAUAGACAUGGGUCCCCAGCUGAAGGUGGUAGAGAAGACCAGGACAGCCACCAUGCUGUGUGCUGCCAGUGGCAACCCUGACCCAGAGAUCUCCUGGUUCAAAGACUUCCUCCCUGUAGAUAUCAACAGCAGCAACGGGCGAAUCAAACAGCUCCGCUCAGGUGGUACACCAAUCAGAGGAGCUCUCCAGAUAGAGAACAGUGAAGAGUCCGACCAGGGCAAGUACGAGUGUGUGGCGGUCAACAGCGCCGGGACCCGCUACUCGGCUCCGGCUAAUCUCUACGUGAGAGAUCAACGAGAAGUGCGCCGUGUGCCACCCCGGUUCUCCAUCCCGCCCACCAACCAUGAGGUGAUGCCGGGUGGCAGCGUGAACCUGACGUGCGUGGCAGUGGGUGCGCCCAUGCCCUACGUCAAGUGGAUGAUGGGUGUAGAAGAGCUGACCAAGGAGGAAGAGAUGCCCAUUGGGAGGAACGUGUUGGAGGUCACCAACAUCCUCCAGUCUGCCAACUACAGCUGUGUGGCGAUAUCGUCACUCGGCAUGAUCGAGACCACCGCGCAGAUCACUGUCAAAGCCUUGCCCAAGCCCCCCACCUCCCUGAUCGUGACGGAGACCACAGCCACCAGCGUCACCCUGACCUGGGACUCUGGGAACCCUGAGCCCGUGUCCUACUACGUCAUCCAGUACCGGGCCAAGGUCUCUGACAACAGCUUCCAGGAGGUGGACGGAGUAGCCACCACGCGCUACAGCAUCGGAGGGCUCAGCCCCUACUCAGAGUACGAGUUCCACGUCAUGGCGGUGAACAACAUCGGGCGUGGCCCUCCCAGCAGCCUCGUGGACACCAGGACCAGUGAGCAGGCUCCCUCCUCUCCACCGCUGGCUGUACAGGCUCGCAUGCUCAGCGCCUCCACCAUGCUGGUCCAAUGGGAGCCGCCUGAGGAGCCUAAUGGACAGAUCAGAGGGUACCGGGUGUACUACAGCUCGGACCUCAGAGCCCCACUGAGUGGCUGGCAGAAACACAACACUGACGACAGCAGGCUGACCACCAUCUCAGGGCUGACCACUGAUAUCACCUACAGCCUCAGGGUGCUGGGGUUCACCUCUGUAGGGGACGGACCUCCCUCUGAUGUACUGCAGGUCAAGACCCAGCAGGGAGUACCAGCCCAGCCAUCUAGUUUCGACGCCGAGGCAGAGUUGGACACCCGCAUCAUGCUGUCGUGGCUGUGGCCUGUCCAGGACCAGAUCACCAAGUAUGAACUAAUGUAUUGGGAGGCUAACUCUGGCAACAAGCUCCAUGUGACCUUCCCUCCAGCGGGGUCCUAUGCUGUGGAGGGUCUGAAGCCAGACACCCUCUACAUGUUCUCCCUGGCUGCUCGCUCUGAAAUGGGCCUGGGCGUCUACACCCAACCCAUCGAGGCCAGGACUGCCCAGUCCACCCCCUCAGCCCCGCCCCAGGAGGUACACCUUCUGAGCCUCAGCUCCACCAGCAUCAAGGUGAGUUGGGUGGCACCCCCUGCAGCCAGCCGCCAUGGGGACAUCGUCCGCUACUCUCUGGCCUACCAGGCCGCCACCGGUGAGGACCUGGAGCACCACAAGGUUUCAGGCAUCAGGGCAGAUGUUUCUAGUUACAUCCUGGAGGGCCUGGAGAAGUGGACAGAGUACCAGGUGUGGGUCAGGGCUCACACGGACGUAGGCCCAGGCCCAGAGAGCCCCGCGGUCAGGAUCAGGACCAAGGAGGAUGUGCCUGGAGCUCCUCCCAGGAAGGUGGAGGCUGAUGUCCUGAACUCCACAGCCCUGAGGGUGACGUGGAAGCCCCCCCUCCAGGUGAAGCAGCAUGGCCAGAUCAGAGGGUAUCAGGUGGUCUACUCGCGACUGGAGAAUGGAGAGCCACGAGGCCAGCCCAACAUCAUGGAUGUCUCCCUACCUGAGGCACAGUGGAACGUUGAGGAUACCAUGGACUAUGAGGCUGUUAUAACAGGCCUGCUCCCUGAGACCACCUACUCUGUCACCGUGGCAGCCUACACCACCAAGGGGGACGGGGCACGCAGCAAGGCCAAGGUGGUCACCACCACUGGAGCAGUCCCAGGCAGGCCCACUAUGAUGAUCAGUACCACCAUUGGUAACACAGCCCUCAUCCAGUGGCAACCACCGAAGGAGAUGGUGGGUGAGCAUGUUGGCUACCAGCUUCAGUACAAACGUAUGGAGGAGGAGUCGUUCACUGUAAAGGACUUCAAGAAGACAGACGACCACUUCACCGUCACCGGCCUGCACAAGGGCGCCACGUACGUCUUCAAGCUCUGCGCCAAGAACCGGGCGGGCACCGGCGAGGAGUACGUGAAGGAGAUUACGACGCCGGACGAUGUGCCCAGUAGUUACCCCCAGAACCUGAGUGUCGUAGGCCUGACCACGACUACUACCAAGCUGGCCUGGGAGCCUCCGGCGCUGGCUGAGAGGAACGGGAGGAUCGUCCAGUACGUGGUGGUGUACAGAGAUAUCAACAGCCAACAGAACCACACCAAUAGCACGAUAGAGACCCAGAUGACCAUCAUGGGGCUGCAGCCUGAUACCACCUAUGACAUCAGGGUCAGGGCUUUCACCAGCAAGGGAGCCGGACCCAACAGUCCUAGUAUUCAGAGUAGGACCAUGUCUACCUCCAUGCCUGAGUUCACCAAAAACUUUGGUGUGAAAGCUGUGAUGAAGACCUCUGUCCUGCUGACUUGGGAAGUGCCAGAAACCUACAAGUCUCAAGUGCCUUUCAAGAUCCUGUACAACCAGCAGAGUGUGGAGGUGCAGGGGAACCUGAAGAGGAAGCUGAUCACGAGGCUGCAGCCAGACACAGACUACAGCUUUGUGUUGAUGUCUAGAGGGAACAGUGCUGGGGGUUUACAGCAGCAGGUCUCCAUCAGGACUGCCCCCGACCUGCUCAAGACCAAACCCAUCCAAUACCAACACCACCCAGAGGAGGGGGGCAAGCUCACCAUCACCCUACCCAGAGUCCCCACCACCGCCCCUGUCAGAUGGUACUACAUAGUGGUGGUUCCUGUCACACCAGCCACACUACGUCGGUGGGAGGACCCUGAAGAUAUGGACCUGGAUGAGCUCCUGGAGGCUAGUUCUGACGACAGCCUGAGAAGGAGGAGACAGACCCAAGAGUUCCUCAGACCCUACAUCGCUGCCAAGAUGGACACUCUGCCAGACACCUUCACUCUAGGAGACGAGAAGAAGUACAACGGCUUCUACAACAAGCCUCUACCGGGACAGCAGCAGUACCUCUGUUUCGUCCUGGCUGCCCUCAAAGACCACGAGUCUCAGAACACGUUUGCGGCCAGCCCGUACUCAGACCCCAUCACGGUGAAGCUCCACAGCGGUAUGUCCCUCCAUGCUGAGGACCCAGAGAUGCUGUGGGUCAUGGGCCCUGUCCUGGCUGUUGUACUCAUCAUCAUCAUCGUCAUCGUCAUCCUGCUUUUCAAGAGGAAACGAGCAUCUCCCUCGGCCAAGGAUGAGCACUCUGCUGGGGUGAAGGACUCUCUGCUGGCCCACUCCUCUGAUCCUGUGGAGAUGAGACGACUCAACUAUCAGACACAAGGUUCCAGUGACCCCAGUUGCCCGAACACUCCAAGGAUGAGGGAGCACCCUCUCAUCUCCACCACUGAUCUGGCUAACCACAUCGAGCGACUCAAGGCCAACGACGGACUCCGCUUCUCACAGGAGUAUGAGUCUGUAGACCCAGGCCAGCAGUUCACAUGGGAACACUCUAACCUGGAGGUGAACAAGCCAAAGAACCGCUAUGCAAACGUCAUUGCCUACGACCACUCCAGGGUCAUCCUCGCCUCCGUCGACGGAGUGCCAGGUAGUGACUACAUCAACGCUAACUACAUAGACAGCUACAGGAAGCAGAACGCCUGCAUCGCUACACAGGGCCCGCUUCCUGAAACCCUGAGUGACUUCUGGAGGAUGGUGUGGGAGCAGAGGACCAACACUAUCGUCAUGAUGACCAGACUGGAGGAGAAGUCACGGGUGAAGUGUGACCAGUACUGGCCCAGUCGGGGUACAGAGACCUAUGGAAUGAUCCAGGUGACCAUGUUGGACACUGUGGAGCUGGCUACCUACAGCGUACGCACCUUCGCCCUCUAUAAGAAUGGCUCCAGCGAGAAGAGAGAGGUUCGUCAGUUCCAGUUCAUGGCCUGGCCGGACCAUGGAGUGCCUGAGUACCCCACCCCCACCCUGGCCUUCCUCCGCAGGGUCAAGGCCUGCAACCCCACAGAUGCAGGACCCAUGGUGGUCCACUGCAGUGCUGGUGUAGGUCGGACCGGUUGCUUCAUCGUGAUUGAGGCCAUGCUGGAGCGUAUGAAGCAUGAGAAGUCAGUGGAUAUCUACGGUCAUGUGACGUGUAUGAGAGCUCAGAGGAACUACAUGGUGCAGACGGAGGACCAGUACAUCUUCAUCCACGAGGCCCUGCUAGAGGCAGCCACCUGCGGUAACACAGAGGUCCCUGCACGCAACCUGUACGCACACAUCCAGAAACUCACCCAGGUCACGCCCGGAGACACGGUCACUGCCAUGGAGCUAGAGUUUAAGAAACUGGCCAACUCCAAAGCACAUACCUCAAGAUUCAUCAGUGCCAACCUGCCCUGUAACAAGUUCAAGAACCGGCUGGUGAACAUCAUGCCUUUUGAGUCCACCCGCGUGAGUCUGCAGCCUAUCAGAGGAGUGGAGGGCUCCGACUACAUCAAUGCCAGCUUCAUCGACGGAUACAGGCAGCAGAAGGCCUACAUGGCCACCCAGGGGCCGCUAGCAGAGACCACAGAGGACUUCUGGAGGAUGCUGUGGGAACACAACUCUACCAUCGUAGUCAUGCUUACUAAACUCAGAGAGAUGGGAAGAGAAAAGUGUCAUCAGUACUGGCCAGCUGAGCGUUCUGCCAGGUACCAGUACUUUGUAGUGGACCCCAUGGCUGAGUACAACAUGCCCCAGUACAUCCUCAGAGAGUUCAAGGUCACAGACGCCAGGGAUGGCCAGUCUAGGACCAUUCGGCAGUUCCAGUUCACUGAUUGGCCAGAACAAGGGGUGCCAAAAACUGGAGAGGGCUUCAUUGACUUCAUUGGUCAAGUGCAUAAAACCAAGGAGCAGUUUGGCCAGGAUGGACCAAUCUCUGCGCACUGCAGUGCUGGUGUUGGGCGGACUGGUGUGUUCAUCACCCUGAGUAUCGUGCUGGAGAGGAUGAGGUACGAGGGGGUGGUGGACCUCUUCCAGACUGUCAAGACACUGAGGACCCAGAGACCUGCCAUGGUGCAGACAGAGGACCAAUACCAGUUGUGCUACAGGGCAGCUCUAGAGUACCUUGGAAGCUUUGACCACUAUGCAACAUAAUAACCACUCCCAGAAUGCACUGGGACUCCUGGGGUUCAGGAGCGCCAGCCGUGUGUCCCUUCUGAGCUAUAUCCAUACUGUCCAGAAACUGCCGGAGGGGUGAGGGGAGAGGGGGAGGAAGAGAAGAAGAGGAGUGAGGAGGAAUGGGAGAGAGCACAAGUCUGAUUGGAUGACCGUCAAUCAGGUGGAGCAGUACUCCUGGACUGACUGCACAAUAAACCUGCUUUAAAACCCUUCACUACUAAAAAAUAACCUAAAAAGCUUCAGUAUGCUUCAUUCUGAUGUCUCUAUAGCUAAUGCACAUGCCAUGAAAACACUAUUUCUGCCUCCUCCACCUGCUUAUAUGGCAAACUUUAUUUUUCUGCUUUUAUUAUGCAUUAAUAUCAUUACUAUUACCCAUUAUAAAUAUGUUAUUAUUAUUGUUAUUUAGAAUUUGUUUUCUGAUCAUUUAUACACUGGUUAUUGUAUGUCUUAUUGGGUCUUAUUUUAAAUUCAUUAUUUGUAUCUUUUGAUUAUUUUUUACACAAGGGACAUGUAUUUUAAACAUGCUCCGAGUUAUUAAUACUGGAGACGUACGCAUACUCAGAGCUGCUAAUAAUAUUUUAAUUUUUUACCAUAAUUAUAAUAUUCUAAAGUUCUCUAUUCUCUGGUUGGUCGUAUUCAGUGGGAUAUGGGGGACACAACUUUUAUAAGUAUUUUCACUUCCUGGUACUUUACAAAAACAAUCUCCACAAAAAGAGAUCAAACACAUGUACACCAGAGUUAGUGAACUACUAUAAAAUAAACCCAUCUAUGUUUAUAAAAACUGAAUAGAUUAUUCUUGAUGAUGUUUUAUGAAUAUCUACCAUGUACAGAUUCUGUUUACUGUGAUUUUCUCAAUGCCUGUUGCUCAAAGAGCUCCGGUCCAAACUCCAGACGCAAUGAAAGAAAUAAAGAAAACUACCGGUACAUGAAAAGGUGUUUGUCCUGUUACAGUACCCUUAGUUGUCCAUGGGACUGAACCAAACCAUCACUCCCAAAAGACACAGAGGAACUGGACCCUAGCUCUGUCUGCUCUGAUCUGACAAGCUAGACCUGGUUUGCAGCAACAGAUAUACAGAACUUCACAUCAGACUAAUGUACAGCGCCCAACAACACCCCUCCUAUGAGAAGUGUUCGAGUGACCAGACAGACAGUUAUCCAUCCCUGUAUUUCUGAUUACCCUGCUGAUUCUGAACUAUGAUCUAUGAAUUGGACAUGUCCAUCUGCAUACGACUGACCUAGUUCCCCAUGACUGGCCAUCCCUGUAGAAACCUGACAACAACCCAGAUGAACUUCUCUUCUGACUGUCACUGACUCUACAUCCAUGGUAUAACUGCUGUAAUAUACUGUAUUAUCUCCUCACUGUGCUACAGAAGGAUAUUCUCCUGUAACACAAAGAAGCAGCAUCAAUGUACGGUGGAGGAUCUCUACAUUAUAGUCAAGCGUUUCUCUCUUAAGUGAGGCUAUAGGAUUGCAAAGUGAGGUGAAUUUGGAUUGAUUGGGCCCGGAUGGACGGACUGCAAAAACAAGGAUUUAUUUCACUUUGUCUUCAAAUAGUGCCGUAGGGGUUCAGUCUGUUGUAUACACGAUCUGUUUUCUAUUUGUUAAUAAAAAGGAGAGGGAAAAAAUGUCGCAAAAACCUUGAUGUUAAUAAAGUUGAAUAAUUGUUUUUUUAUAUA